AUGGGUCCUAUCCCGUACGAGACGCUCCAGGAAUGGAAACAACAAGUCAACACCCUAAACGACCCCUUCAUUUCCGGAAUCCCCAAAAUCGAACUCCACGUCCACAUCGAAGGAACACUCACACCCGAACUCCGCUUCAAACUCGCCCAAAGAAACAACAUCCACUUGCACUCUAAACGAUUGAACAAAACCUUUAACACCCUCGAUGAGCUCAAAGAAAUGUAUAAUCUUCUCCAACCACGCAGUAUCAAGGGCGCGAACCAAAUCUCCGCGUUCUUCGACGCUUAUUACGGAGGUAUGGAAGCGCUGAGAACGGAAAGUGAUUUUUAUGAAUUGGCAAUGGACUAUUUUGAGAAAGCGGCAAGAAUGAAUGUUAGGUAUUGUGAGCCAUUUUUUGAUCCGCAGGCGCAUACUAGGAGGGGUAUUGAGUUUGAGACUUUUAUGAAAGGUUUUAAGAGAGCGCAGGUGGAUGCCGAGAGGGAUCUGAAUGUCAAAUCCCAAUGGAUCAUGUGUAUUUUACGUGACCAAUCUCUGGAAUCGGCCAUGGAACACUAUGAAGCAGCCCUCCCCUACAAAAACACAAUCAUAGGCAUCGGUCUCGACGGGAACGAAUACAACCGUCCCCCGUCAAUCUUCGAACCGCUGUCUCUCCGCGCCCGGAACGAUGGGUUUAAAAUUACCUGCCACUGCGACGUCACGCAGAAAGACACGCAUGAGCAUAUUCGCCAGGUAGCUGAGUGCGUUGGCGGGAGCGGAGCGGAUCGGUUGGAUCAUGGGCUUGAUGCUGCUGAGAGGCCGGAGUUGGCGAGCUUGAUCAAGGAGAAAGGGGUGGGUGUUACGUUGUGUCCGUGGGCAUAUGUGAGACAUCAUAAAGAAGAGGAUUUGUUUAAGCAUGUCAGAACGCUGUUUGAAGCGGGGAUUAAAGUUAAUGUUAGUUCUGAUAGUCCGGCGUAUGUGGAGGAUAAUUGGAUUGAGCAGAAUCUGAAGUUGUUGAGGCUGAAAGCGGGUUUUACGGAUGAGGAGAUUGAGAAGGUGGAGUUGGAUUCGGUGGAGAUGUGUUGGGCUGGGGAGGAUGUCAAGAGGGAGAUUCGCGAGGAGAUUAGGAGGUUCUGUGAGAAGAGUACUUCUGAAACGUAG